AUUUUGUUUUCCAUAUUUCACUUUCAUCUUUAGCUCCAAUGCUUUUAAGUUUUAACCACACAAUCAUAGUGGGAUUGCAGCUUUAUAUAUACUUGUAGGGAUGAAGCCCCAGAAAUGGGAUGAAGUAGUAGUGUAAAUUGGCAGUCUUUCGUCUGCAAAUAUAAAGAGAGGAGUUGGGUCAAGUUGCACUAAGCAAGAAAUGGAGGACAGGGCAAAGUCUGAUCAGGUGGUUGUCAUCAUGGACCAAGGAAACCCUGUAGGUCCAUCAAUGGAAACCGAGCUCAAGGAAGGCCAAGCGGCUGCAGAAACAAAGCCCCAAAUUCCCACGAGAGCAAAAACUCUACGCCGCCUCAGCGUCUCCAAACCCAAAGCUCGAUUUCUUGAGUAUAACUAUCCCCAGAAAAGGUUCCCAGAGUCCAACGGUCUUGAACCGUUGCUUGACGACAUCCACCAAUCUUCAACUGAUGAGGAUGACGAUGACGAUGACGAUGAAGAGGAGUGGAACGAUGAGUUUGACGAAGAUGGUGGAGAAAAGGGGCAAAAAAGACACCAAAAGAGGAGGACAAAAAGGUUGAACUGGAGACUCUUGACUGAAUGGGUUCUGUUUUUCGUUAUAACGACGUGCUUGAUCUCUUCUCUCACGAUAGAAUCUCUCAAGACAAAGCGUUCGUGGGGGCUUGAGAUCUGGAAAUGGUGCCUUAUGGUGUUGGUGACCUUCUGCGGCCGCCUAGUUUCCGGGUGGUUGAUUGCUCUCGCUGUCUUUUUCAUUGAACGAAACUUCAUGCUUAGAGAGAAAGUGCUCUACUUCGUCUAUGGACUAAGGAAGAGCAUCCAAAACUGCAUCUGGUUAGGCCUAGUCCUUCUUUCAUACACCUUCAUGUUCGACACCAAAGUUCACAGCAAGGAAAACAAGGUGCUCAGAAAGGUGUUUCAAGCGUUAGUAGCUGUGUUGCUCGGUGCAAUCAUAUGGCUUAUCAAGAUCGUGUUGGUCAAAAUGCUGGCCUCAUCUUUCCAUGUGACAACGUACUUUGAUCGAAUGAAGGAAAGUGUCUUCCACCACUACAUCUUGGAUACGCUCUCAGGUCCGCCCAUGGACGAGCAAAUCAUAAUGCAUGAACAGCAUCAUAGCCUAAGCGAAUCCAAGUCAUUGCCACCAAACUGGAAGCAGAAAAAGUGGAAAGAAGCGAGGAAUAUCUACAAGUCGAAGAAGUUUGGGUCGAGGAAAAUUGACAUGGAAAAGCUAAGGGAGCUCAGCAUGGAGAGGUCAGCCUCUGCGUGGAGCGUGAAGAGGCUGGUAAGCUACGUGAUGUCUUCAGGGUUAUCGACUAUUUCGACGACAGUAGACGAUUUUGGAAAGGCGGAGUCGGAGAUUACUAGUGAGUGGGAGGCUAGAAACACCGCGCAAAGGAUCUUCAAGAACGUGGCUAAGCCGGGUUACAAGUAUAUUGAAGAGGAAGAUCUAAUGAGAUUCCUGAAGGGGGUUGAAGUUUACACCAUAUUCCCACUAUUUGAAGGAGCUCUCGAGACCGGAAGAAUUUCAAAAUCUUCCUUUAGAAAUUGGGUGGUUCGAGCUUAUUUUGAACGAAAAUUUCUAGCACAUUCGCUGAAUGAUACCAAAACAGCUGUGCAACAACUCCAUAAGCUGGCAAGUGCAGUGGUCAUCGUGAUUAUAGUCGUGGUAUCCCUCUUGGUAAUGGAGGUAGCAACAUAUAGGAUAGUGUUUCUUGUCUUAACACAGCUAGUUGUUGCCGGGGUCAUGUUUCAGAACACUUGUAAGAUGGUGUUCGAAUCCAUUGUCUUCAUCUUCAUCAUGCAUCCUUUCGAUAUUGGCGACCGCUGCGUCAUCGACGGUGUUCAGAUGAUUGUGGAGGAAAUGAAUAUAUUGACUACCGUAUUCCUUCGGUAUGAUAUGGAGAAGAUUUAUUAUCCGAAUUGGGUCCUGCUCUCGAAGCCAAUCAGCAACUUCUACCGAAGUCCAGAAAUGGGUGAUACGGUUGAUUUCCAGAUUGACAUUUCCACGUCCCUGGAGACUAUCAUGGCACUGAAGAAGGCUAUCCAAGCAUACAUCGAGAGCAAGCCCAAGUAUUGGAACCCGAAGCACUCAGUGAUAGUGAAACAGAUAGAGAAUCUUAACAAGCUGAAGAUGAGCUUAUGCGUCCAACACACGAUCAAUCAUCAGAAUUAUGGAGAGCGCAGCAAUCGGAUCACAGAGCUCAUUCUCGAGCUGAAGAAAAUCUUCGAAAACCUUGAUAUCAAGUACCAUCUUCUUCCGCAAGAGGUCCGUCUUAGCCAAGUCAAUCUGGACAACUGGAGGAUGAUGCAGUAAUUAAUCCACCUGCUCAUCGUUUAUAUCUUUGUUGAAGCCAUGAUGGACCCAAUUCUAUUUCCUUCAUUUUUAAAACUCAUCUAUCUGCACUCAUGUAUUGUAUUUUGAGUAACUUAGAAUUUGAAUAAAUAGGUUAAUUUUAAAUUUGAGAAUAUUUUCAUAAUUUUAU